AUGAGCUGGGGUGUGGAACUGUGGGAUCAGUGGGACAAUGUGAAUGUCCACACCCAGAAAGGCAUUGACUUCUGUGAGCGAUACGUACACUUUAUCAAGGAGAGAAGUGCCGUGGAAAUGGAUUAUGCUAGCAAACUGAAAAAACUAGUCAAGAAUUUCCAUCCAAAGAAAAGAGAGGAGGAUGACUGUUCGUUCACAUGGUCUCAUGCUUUUGUGGACAUGCUCAAGGAGGUGUUUGACAUGGCCGGGCAGCAUGAGGUGAUUGCCGAGAACCUGGUGGGGACAGUCAGCAAGAACCUGCAGGAUCUUAUACAGGAACUUAAGGCUGACAGGAAAAAGUAUUUACAAGAGGGUGUCCGAUUACAAGACCAGCUUAAACAGUAUCAUAUGCAGCUAGAGAAGGCAAAACGCAAAUAUGAGAAAGCAUUCUAUGAGUCUGAGAGAGCCCUGGACAACUACAGGAAGGCAGAUGCUGAUAUCAAUUUGUCUAGGGCAGAAGUGGAAAAGCAUCGGAUUGUCAUGAAUGGUAAAACACAACAGUGUGAAGAGAGCAAGAACGAAUAUGCAGCCCAGUUGCAGCACUACAACAACCACCAGAAUGAGUUCUAUUCACAGUCAAUGCCACAAGUGUUUCAG